AUGCAUAAUAUCGUCCCAGAGACUCGUCAAUCAUCCAUUCUGGUGGCAGUUAGAGUACGCCCUUUUACCGAUGAGGAAAGCACGCGCCUUGUACAUGAAGAGAACGGUAACAUGGUGUAUCUGAAAGACACUGUACUGAAUAUACCAUUAUCCGCACCGAGUCUGGGAAUAGAUGACAAAAGUACUCUGCUCAGAACUCAGUCCAAAUUCAGGCCCAUUGGAAUACGAAAGAUCAUCGAUUGCGUAGAUGAUAAGAUGUUGAUAUUUGAUCCAAGUAAAUCCAAUCCAUUGAAUGAAUUGAAUGAGAACCUUGUGCACAGUAGUUCCAAUGAGAAUAGAAGAAGGCUCAGACGAUUUGGAGAGCAGAAAUUUAUCUUUGAUAGAAUUUUCGAUAUGGAUGUGACCCAACAAGAAGUUUAUGAGAAUACCACAAGACCGUUGUUAGACUCUGUACUCGAUGGAUUCAACGGCACCGUAUUUGCAUAUGGUGCCACAGGAUGUGGUAAAACGUUUACUAUCAGUGGUACCUCAGAGCAACCUGGAAUAAUUUUCUUAACUAUGCAGGAAUUGUUCAUAAGGAUGGAGCAAUUAAAAGAUACCAAGAAGUUUCAAUUGCAAUUAUCAUUUUUAGAGAUUUACAACGAACAAAUCCAUGACCUAUUGGAUCCCAAUAUAUCGUCAAAGAAACUUGUAAUAAGGGAAGAUUCAUACAAUCGAACCUUCGUCUCCAACUUAUCAAAACAUUCACCCGAAAAUGUGGAGGAAGUGAUGGACCUAGUCAUCAAAGGAAACAUGAAUAGAACUACUUCUCCUACGGAUGCGAAUGAGACCAGUUCAAGAUCACACGCUGUACUUCAAAUACAUGUUGCUCAAAUGAAUAGAACAGCCGAUAUAAAACAAGAUCAAACGUUUGCAACGUUAUCCAUCAUAGAUUUAGCUGGUAGUGAAAGAGCCGCCGUCACCAAGAAUAGAGGCGAACGAUUGCUAGAAGGUGCAAAUAUUAAUCGAUCCUUACUAGCAUUAGGAAAUUGCAUAAACGCAUUAUGCGUGUCAUCUACGAGAACGGGAUUCUCCUGUCACGUACCAUAUAGGGAUUCAAAGUUGACCAGAUUGCUCAAGUUUUCUUUAGGAGGAAAUUGUAAAACAGUUAUGAUAGUUUGUGUAUCUCCUAGUAGUGGGCACUAUGAUGAAACUCUUAACACACUUAAAUAUGCUAAUAGGGCAAAAGAGAUCAAGACUAAAGUAAUACGGAAUAAACAGUCAUUGGAUAGACACGUCGGAUCGUAUCUAAAACUAAUAACAGAGCAGAAAAGCGAAAUAGAAGAGCUACGAUCAAGAGAACAAAAGAUGAUUGAAAUUCAGUUGUCUCAAUUUAGGAACGGAAGGGAAAAAGUUAAUAUGUUGAUUAAAGAAUCCGUACGAGAAAUGAGGAUUCAUCUUUCAGAUUCGGAAAAGAUUCAAGAUGCAAAAUUGAUAAAAUCAUUGAUGUUGGUGAAACGACACUAUCUAAAGCUAGUUCAUUUCGAGUUAAGCAACGUACUGCAAUAUUUGAACAACUUGAAUGAUGAAAGGGCGGUAUUUCUUACAGACAACAUCCAUAUUAUUCAAGAACAGAUUUUGUUGAAGAUGAAUGAACUUGAAGUUCAAUUCGAUGAUCCAAAUGAUAUCGAUCGUACCUUAGAAUAUAUGAAAACCAUCCAGUUGAAAAAAAUGCGAGACUGCGAGUAUUGGCAAGAGGCCAUUGAUUUCGAACAAUAUGAGAUUCUGAUAAGCGGAUUAUCAGAAUCAGUUAGAAACGAGAUCUUGGUCAAUGGCACUAGACUGAUGGAAAAAGUUAUUGAGGAUCCAAUAUUGAGAUCGCAUUUCCAAAUUAUAUCCAAGAGUAUAGUAGAUGAAAACGAAAACACUGAUGGAUCAAAUACAACAAUGGUGGGGACCAUUGAACGGGAAUUGAACAAAUUGAAUAAGUUAGAUCAAGAAUUUGAUCAAUUUGCACAACAAUUAAACGUAUCAACUCAACGGAAAAGAUCAUCGCCGAUGCAAAAACAGCAGCCUACAUGGAGACAGAAGCUGAUGAAACAAGGUAUGAUGGGCGAGGGUUCCCCCGACGUGACACCAAGCAAAGUGAUGAAAUCUUUAUCGUUCGCUGAGGGUCCACCAACGAUAUGGAACGAACCACAAGACGUUUCUAUGAUGUUGGAUGAUCCCGAUCCGUUGCCCAUAGAAAGAAAACUAAAUACAACCGUCAACAAGAUCAGUACCCCAAACCCAAAACCGAAGCUAUCACUUACAGCUACUCAAUUGAAGUGA